GCACCCUCCAACGUCUACUCAAACGUUCGUAGCUCUCCCGCUCCCGCUCCCGCCUUAUUUUUYUUCUUCUUCUUCUCCUCUGUGGUCGCCCUCGUCUUCAGUUCCCCUAGUCAACAAUCCAGCUUUGAUUUCCUUUUCCGAUCUCAUUUAUGGGUUCUACUUAGGGUUUUCUCCACUCUCUUCAUUCAAUCUCGCUCAUCAUCAGUCGAUUACUGGUUUUGGAAGUAUUGUAAUUAUAUUUUCAUGGUGAUCGCUCGAUGUUCUACCGCUUCGAUCAUCUCUUCCUUCUUCCUCAUCCCCUCGACGGCAACCGAUGUUUCUCCGUCCUCUGUCUACGGCCUCCGAUUCAAAUUGUGGUGGUCGGAGGGAUGUUAGGUUCAACAACCGAGGGAGAGGCGCAACAAAAGUUUUGCAUCCCUAGGGUUUCGUUUUGCUCCAUCUAAAAUUCGUGAAACUGAGGUCGAGGAUUGGGAUAGGCACCCAGAUCCUGACCAAGACCGAAGCCGGGGGCAAUUUGAUAUCGCAGAAGGCCGAUCGUGACCAAGAUCAUUAUGAUCAGUAUGAUGAAUGGAGGACGAUUAUCAUUAUGAGCAAGGCACUUCUGAAUCCACAUAAUAGAGAGAGGUCUCUUGAUGUGAUUUAUGAAUAUAGGCGCACUGAAAGAUCUCAUUCGAGAGAGUAUUAGUUUCUCAUGCUGCAGUGUCUUUUACUGUUAACGAGUAGCAGCACAGACAAUUGGAACUGGAACAAGAACAGCAAAAAAGAGAGCCGAAUUGCCCUUGAAGCCAAGGGAAGACUCCUUUCUGGUUGAUURAGAAACGUGCUCCCUCUCCCGCCUUCUUUUUCUUCUUCUCCUCCUCCUCUGUAGCUCUCCCUCUCCCGCCGUCUUCAGUUCCCGUAGUCAACAAUCCAGGUUCUAAUCGCAUCGAUCUCGAUUUUGUGAGUUUUUAAUCUCUUCGCUCCCGAUUUUGAGGUUUCUCAAUCCCUAGAUUCUCAAAUUUGCUGGUCGGAGCAGAUUUCGAGUGAAGGAAGGAAGUGAAAUCCAAAUUUAACACGCUCGUAAUUUGGUCUCUCCCCUGAUAAUUCCGCAAACCACUUCAAAUUACAGCACAAAAUCCAAAGAAAAUUUCAUCAUCUCGUCUCCAUCGCUGGAUUUUCCCUUAUCGGACCUGCUCGUUGAAUUUGGUGCCUCCAUUGUCUCUCAACAUUAAUCAGACUUCUGAUUCGUGUAUAGUUCUGGGGGCGCAAAUGAAUAGCUCCUCACCAGCUAAUUCUUCCAUUUCUACCACAGCGGUUGCCGGAAGAUGUAGCACCAAUGCAGCAAUGUCAGUUGAUGAUUUUCGCUUCCCCGCCAAUUUAAUUUCGAUACCAGAGCGCAAGGACGAGGUCAUGAGCGCUCUUAAAUCUAAUAUAAUGGCUGCGCUGAACAAGGAGGUCAAAUCCCUGGAUGACGAUAACUGGAUGUUUGAAGGUCCUCGCUCCMGUAUCAACCUUAUGUCACGACAAGGUGUGCUAAUUGCUAUGCAAUUCCCUAUCAGGUGGUCCUUUCCUCAAAAAGACAGAAGAGAAGAGAAGAUAAUGGGUCGGAUUGAUAAUAAUUAUUAAGAGAUCUUCAGCCUGAAGACAUCUUGUUAUUGUGGUGGCUGGCGCUGCGCUUGGACAACACUCGGUUUCAUUAAUCAAGUAAUAGUUCUUUUCAAUCGUGUAAGUUUAAUUUUCAAAUAUGAAACAGCUAAUUUCUACAAACAACUCUCCUAAUCUCCCAAAUUGGAAGAGGAAAAAGCUAGCAGUACAGGGGGGAGGAACAAGACCUCUGCUACCACAUCGAUCCUAGAUCAUUACAAAUUAAAGAACUAAAUUGUUACUUCAGUAAAAAGAUGUAAAGAUGAAAAGUAUUAUUUAACUUUUUUUUUUUUGAAUUCCAACGAGUAGGGUGAAGAUUUGAAUAUCUAAUCUUUUUGUUGAAGAUAUAUUUGGYGAUAUAGUUGUUUUAUGGAGUUUGUUUAGAAUACAAUAAAAUAAAACUAUUUA